CCAUUCAGCGUGUGCUGAGGAAAUGACGCCAUGAUAUACCUCCGCCGUGACUGAGCCGUGUUCCUCCGCUAGCCUCUCUUUGUACGCAGUGCGCUUGGCUUGGUAGUGGCGGGUGUGAGGCGGCGGAGGAAUCCCGGGGCGUGACCGGGCCUACGACCGAGGAGGAGAAUCCGGGGCGAGGAAGAGAUCUUGGAGGAGAGAAUCUGAAAUCUUCAGGAGAUCCAGAGAGGAGCCAUGGACACCGAUCUAUUCAUGGAGUGUGAGGAGGAGGAGCUGGAGCCAUGGCAGAAGAUCAGCGAUGUGAUUGAGGACUCUGUGGUGGAGGACUACAGCUACCUGGACAAGACCAACACCGUUUCCAUCAGCCUCCAGCCAGUCACAGCUUCCCUGCCUGUAAUGCAGCCCACCCUGGGCAGUCAGUUUACCACAGCAACCACCAUAGCCAACACCCUCACCCAGAAUACGGACAACACAAAGAAAACCGUAGUCACUCUGAUCGCAAAUAAUAGCGGUCCAACGCCUAUCAUGCAGCAGGGUCCUCAGCCCCUCAUUCUGACGCAGAACACAGCGUCGGGCCUGGGCACAAUGGUUUCUCAGCCUGUACUGCGCCCCAUGCAGGUGAUGCAGAAUGCCAACCAUUCUGCCAACAACUCCAUCGCAGCGCAGCCUAUCUUCAUAACAGCGCAGGGCUUUCCUGUCCGAAACAUCAGACCGGUCCAAAAUACAGUGAACGCCAUGAAUCAAGUAGGCAUCGUUCUGAACGUCCAGCAGGGCCAGACUGUUAGGCCCAUCACCAUUGUACCAGCAGCAGGCACACAGUUCAUGAAACCAGGCGUUGGCGUUCCUCAAGUGUUUUCUCAAAUGACUCAGGUGCGACCAGCAACCACUGUCGCCGUGCGCCCAGCCACAAACACCUUCACCACGGUCAUCCCUGCCACCCUGACAAUACGCAGCACGAUGCCACAAUCCCAGAACCAGCUCAACAAAUCCAUCUGCAGCACUUUGACCACAUCCGCACCUAGCCAACAACCUCUCCGGCAAAUCACUGUGCAGCAGCCAACCCAGGCGCUGGCCAUCACUCAGAACCAGAAUAAUCCCAACAGCAGCCCCAAGCUGGUAAAUAUUUCCAGCUUGGUCACGGUGAAGAGACCUGGUGAAACCAAUGAUGUGGUAAAAUUUGUGAAUGCGGUCAGUGGCUGCCAGACCACCACCCAGAAUUCCACACAGCUCAUCUUUUCCAGCACAGUUGGCAACAAUGGCACAAACGUGGGCACCCUGCAAAGGAGCAUCCAGUUAGAGUCUAUUGGCCUGAAAGCAGCUGCGCCCUCUGGAGCUCAGAUGGAGAAUCCGGACUCCUCUAGGAAGUACUGCCCAAGGUGUCAGACGCCAUUCCGGGUUACAGAAGCUCUUCGAGGUCAUAUGUGUUACUGCUGCCCCGACCUGGUGGACUUCUCCAAGAAAGGGAAAUCUGAUUCUGAGCUAGCCAGCCAGCCAAGCCCGGAUAAAGCGGCCAGUACACUGAGUGGUGCAGCGCCCCCAGCUGGCAAGGCCCAGGAUAGCACUGCAGAUGAUGCCUCACAGGGCAAGCUCAUCAUGCUUGUAGAUGACUUCUAUUAUGGCCGUGAUGUUGGUCAGACAUACCAGAUGCAAGGAGUUCCUAAAGUGGCCACGACUUUCCGCUGUAUGCACUGCUCCAAGCGGCUGAAGAAUAAUAUCAGGUUCAUGAAUCACAUGAGGCACCACGUGGAGUUGGACCAACAGAAUGGCGAGGUGGACGGGCACACUACAUGCCAGCACUGCUAUCGGCAGUUCUCCACUCCAUUCCAGCUACAGUGCCACCUGGAGAACGUGCACAGCUCCUACGAGUCCACCACUAAAUGUAAGAUUUGUGAAUGGGCGUUUGACAGUGAACCGCUCUUCCUGCAGCACAUGAAAGACACCCACAAACCUGGGGAAAUGCCAUACGUGUGCCAGGUGUGUUCUUACCGCUCCUCCCUCUAUUCGGAGGUGGACACCCAUUUCCGACUGAACCACGAGGACACGCGGCACCUGCUGUGCGUUUAUUGUCUGAAGGUGUUUAAGAAUGGCAACGCCUUCCAGCAGCACUUCAUGCGGCACCAGAAGAGCGUCUACCAUUGCAACAAAUGCCGUCUUCAGUUUCUGUUUGCGAAAGACAAGAUCGAACACAAGUUACAGCACCACAAAACCUUCCGCAAACCUCGCCAGCUGGAGGGUCUGAAGCCUGGCACCAAGGUAACCAUCAGAGCCUCUCGGGCGCCUGCACGGGCCCUUCCUCUCUCCUCGGAUACCCCCUUGUUGCCCCUGCCAGACAUGAUCCCCAUCCCUCCUAUCCCACCUACAGAGUCCAUGGAAAUUGAAGACUACUCCAACCGGGUCACCAUAGGAAAGCAGUCAUGCCUGGAGUGCAGCUUCGACAUCCCGGAUUUCCACAAUCAUUUCCCCACUUACGUGCACUGCUCCCUCUGCCGCUAUGGUACCUGCUGCUCCCGAGCUUAUGCUAAUCACAUGAUCAACAACCACGUGCCACGGAAGAGUCCAAAGUACCAGUCGCUGUUUAAGAGCUGUCUGCCCAGUGACGACAUGGUGCUGACCUGCUCCUCCUGCCCUUUUGUCACACGAAUUGGCGAUGCCAUGGCUAAACAUCUGGUUUUCAACACCUCGCACAGCGGUGCUUCUGUCAUGGGCACAAGUUCUACCUCGCCUGACCUUUCCUGGGUCUUGGGGCCUGUAGAGGAAACUAAUGUCAGGACCAGUCCAGAGCUUAUAGGGGAAAGUGAGGUCAAGGAUGGUGAAAAAGGGAAAAUAUCACCUGUAUCCGAUCCCUCCAGCCCAGAGCAGAAAGACGUGAGAAUCGACGUGAACGAGCUUGACGAGGCAGAGGAUGGUGACACUGAAGAAGACGAGGAGACCGAGCAGCAGCUGAGUGUGAAGAGGCUUCGUGUCGUAUUGUUUGCCUUGUGCUGCGGCAUCCAGCAGGCAGUUGAGCACUUCCACCACUCUCCAAGUGACAUCAGACGAUGGGUCCAGAGGUUCCAGGACGAGAACCAAGACAACCUGUCCGAGGGCAAAUACCUCAGCUCAGAGGUGGAGGAGAAACUGGCCGAGUGGGUGCUGACCCAGAGAGAGCAGCAGCAGCCGGUCAAUGAAGAGAGCCUCUUCCAAAAGGCCACCAAGAUUGGCCGCUCUCUGGAAGGAGGCUUCAAGAUCUCCUAUGAAUGGGCGGUAAAGUUCAUGCUACGGCACUGUCUAAGCUCCCAUGAUAAAGUGGCCGUGGCCAACCGGCUGCCCAGUGAAAUGGAGGACAACGCACAAACGUUUAUCAGUUUUGUGCAGCGACAGAUACCCAGCCAGGACCUCCCAUUGUCCAUGAUCGCUGCAGUGGAUGAAAUUUCUCUCUUCCUCGACCUGGAACAUCUGAGUGGUGAGCAGAAGGAGAGCGCGUUGCAGACUGUGGGGACAGGGGAGCCGUGGUGCGACAUCGUGCUGACCAUUUUAGCUGACGGAAGCCUGUUACCCACACUGGUGUGUUGUCGAGGUGGCCCCAUAAGGCCGGAGCAUGUCUCGGAGUCCAUCAGACUAGAAACCAGGGAAGAAGGGUUUAAUGACGAUGAAGUCAUGGAGCUGUGGUCGUCCGUUGUCUGGCGGAAACACGUGGAUGCUCCAAAUAACAAAGGUAUGGCAGUAUUGGACUGUCACCGAUCACACCUGUCCGAUGAGGUCCUCUCCCUCCUCAGCUCCACCUGCACGUUGCCUGCUGUUGUUCCUGCCGGCUGUAGCUCCAAGAUACAACCGUUGAAUGUCUGCAUUAGGAGAGCGAUCACCAACUUCCUGCGCAAGAAGUGGAGAGACCAGGCCGAAGAGAUGGCGGAGGAAAGCUGCAGCUUGGAACGGUUGCUUCAGCUUGUGCUCCGCUGGCUAACAGAGGUCCUAGACGUGAUAAGUGAUCACCCAGAACUGGUGCAGCAAUCAUUCCUGGUGGCCAGCGUCCUGCCGGGGCCCGACGGCACGGCCAAUACAAGCAAACGUAAUGCAGAAAUGCAGGAAGAGCUCAUAGACCUGCUAGAAGGAGAGCUCCAGCUGACCCACGAAGAAGACUCCGACCAGAGCACGGACAGCCCCUGCCACGUGUACCCUGACCCGGAGGUUCUGCAGCGACUUUUUGAGGACAGUGACCCAGAAUCGUUCUAUGGCUUUGAUGAGACUGAACUGUAACCCCCUCAGUUAUUGAUCACUUUCCUAGAAGGGGCUGUAGCUGGCCUGGUCCACCCCUUCCAGGGAUGCUACCUCUCCUGUAGAUGAAGACCCCGGGGCCGCCCCUCCACCUUGAAUUAUGUAUAUUGAUUCUGUAAGGACUGCCGAGAUGGGAGCAGGUUACCCCGGCCGCUCGCUCGUGCGUCUAGUAAGCUUUUAUUUGGUUUAGUUUUUCUUUUAACCUCUCCUCCUCCAUGUCCCGGCCUAGUAACCAGCAGGCGGUAGGACCCGUGUACAGUACUAAAGCUCUCGCUUGUAUAUAUGAAACGCAGAAUAAAGGCGGCUCGAGGCGAUUCUGUGGUUUUAUUAGGUGAAGAUGUGAAUUUUUUUUAUAUAAUAUAUAUAUAUAUAAAGUGUUCUGGUUCUGACACCCUGCAGUGUCCACUUCUUCCGAGUCUGGUACUAAGCUGAAUCAACCCUUUUUACGUGACCGUGCCCUGUACAGGUCCUUCCUCCCUUAUUUUUUGUAUUGUUGAUUCCUGAGUUGCUGUCCCACCCCGGGGGGGUCGGGGGGGUCCCUGGGGCGAAAGAGAGACACUAGUGGUUUAUAGAGGUAGAGAGCACAGACCAGCAUGGGACACCUAGAGUUUUAACCCUUUUUUUUUAUUUUUUAUUUCUAAUAAAACAGUAUAAACUGAA